UCUUAUGGGAAUGAGAGUUUCCAAAAAUGCCAGUGAGCUGAUGGUGCUGGGGAAGAAGGAGGUGACAUUGCGCACCUAGCCUACUUCCUCAACUUAUCCAGGAGUAGCAUACUCUCUAGCUCCACACACUUAUGGGAAGUCUACUAAAGUAGUGCCUGAAACAGGUGGAUUCUCCUUCGCACAGCUACACACAACAUAUUUUUUUUUUUUUGUUCUGAGACGGACCGGCAUCACCACAAAAUGAAUUCGCUCUCCGCUUGGUUUUGGAGUGAGAGUUUCUGGCUUCCACCGAAUGUUACUUGGGCGGAACUCGAGCACCCACCACCAGGAGAGGAGUACCCCAGAGCUGACCAGCUACUCUCAUGCUUACCGCUUGCUUUUGGCGUGUUGGCUGUCAGGGUGUUAUUUGAGAGGCUAGUAGCCAAGCCCUGUGCCAACAUACUUCAGAUUCAGGCUGGAGAGAGCCGGCGAGCCCAGCCCAACGCUGUCCUGGAGAGGGUGUUUACAUCCACAACGAGUCCAGACUCGCGGCGGGUCGAGGGGCUCUCUAAGCAGCUGGACUGGGAUGUGCGGAAAGUCCAGAGAUGGUUCCGACUGCGGAGGAACCAGGACAAGCCCAGCACACUCACAAAGUUCUGCGAGAGCAUGUGGAGGUUGACGUUUUAUACUUGUAUAUUUACCUAUGCAAUUCGCUAUCUGUGGGUGUCUCCUUGGAUGUGGGACACACGGCAAUGCUGGUACAACUACCCAUUUCAGACGCUGAGUGCUGGCCAGUACAACUACUAUGUAGCCGAGCUGGCCUUCUACUGGUCCCUCAUGUUCUCCCAGUUUACAGACAUCAAAAGGAAGGAUUUCCUCAUCAUGUUUGUCCAUCACCUGGCCACCAUAACUCUCAUCACCUUCUCCUACUGUAACAACAUGCUGCGAAUAGGCACUAUGGUCAUGUGUGUCCAUGAUGCUUCCGACAUCGUGCUGGAGUUGGCCAAGUUGGCCAAUUAUGCAAAGUACCAGCGGAUUUGUGACACCGGCUUUGUAGUAUUCAGCAUCGUCUUCUUCAUCACGCGACUUGUCAUCUAUCCCUUUUGGAUCAUAUACAGUGUGCUGGUGGAGAGCUGGGAGAUUGUCGGUCCGUACAGGUCCUGGUGGCUGUUGAACGGCCUGCUUCUGGUCCUGCAGUCUCUUCAUGUCUUCUGGUUCUACCUCAUCGCUAGAAUCGCCAUCAAAGCAAUAUUCAAGGGCAAGGUGGCGAAGGAUGACCGCAGUGACAUCGAGAGCAGCUCAGAAGAGGAGACGGACACCAAUGUCAGGAGCAGGAACAAGUCACAUCCCAACGGUAGCGAGCAAUCACCAAAAAAAGACACCGGGACCAAUGGCUUCGUCAAAGGUGGAACAAAAGACCACUGAACACAGGGAGAG